AUGCCUCAAGUUUUUGCCCUCCCCGUCUUCUUCAUCGUCUUCAGAGAGACGUUGGAAACCACUAUCGUCGUCUCAAUCCUGCUAUCCUUCCUCAAGCAGCAGCUGGGCCCAGAUCGAGACAAGACCGUCUAUAAGAAACUGCGCAACCAGAUCUGGUACGGCGUCUUGGUGGGGUUCGUGUUAUGUCUGAUCAUAGGCUGCGGCAUGAUCGGCGCCUUCUAUGGCAUCGGCACCAACACCUGGGGCACCACCGAGGACGUCUGGGAGGGUGUCUUUGCGCUCAUUGCCUCCAUCAUCAUUGCCAUCAUGGGUGCCGCUCUGCUGCGCGUCUCCAAAAUGCAGGCCAAAUGGAGGGUCAAGCUGGCCAAGGCCCUGGAAGCCAAGGACAACAGACACGGCAAACUCAGUGGCCGCAUCAAGAGCUGGGCCGAGAAGUAUGCCAUGUUCCUCCUUCCCUUCAUCACCAUUCUGCGCGAGGGGAUCGAGGCCAUCGUCUUCAUUGGGGGCGUCAGUCUCGGUGUCCAGGCCAGCUCUAUUCCGCUGCCCACAGUCUGCGGUCUCGCUGCUGGGUGCGCCGUGGGCUUCAUCAUCUACAAGGGUGGCAACAUGGCUCCCCUGCAGAUCUUCCUCAUUGCGAGCACCUGCUUCCUCUACCUCGUCGCGGCCGGUCUCUUUUCUCGGAGCAUCUGGUACUUCGAAACUCACGCCUACAACAGGGCUAGUGGGGGCGACGCCGCCGAGAACGGCUCCGGCCCGGGGUCAUAUGACAUCCGGGACAGCGUCUGGCACGUGAACUGCUGCAACCCGGUGUUGAACGGCGGCGGUGGCUGGGGCAUCUUCAACGCCCUCUUGGGCUGGCAGAACAGCGCCACCUACGGCAGCGUCAUCGGAUACAACGUGUUCUGGAUCGUCGUCAUGGCGGGCUUUGUCCUGCUGAGGUUCAAGGAGACUAAGGGCCACUACCCCUUUAUGAAAUCCAGGGCCGCCACCGAUGUCGCAGUCACCGAGGAGAGAUCCAGUGACGGCGAGUCGAGCGGCUUCGGCCCGGCUGAGGAGAAGGUGGUCGUAGGUGCCAACCCGAAAGCGGCCCGUGGCCAUGCGUGA